AUGCUGAUUGAGUCGAAGGCGCGCAUCGAACAAUUGGAGCAGCAGUCGUCAUUGAAAGAACAACUUCUGAGCUCAAUUAUUGAAGACAAGAAUCUCGUCGAUGAUAUUGAAGGAGUCGUGUCGUCCGAAUUACGCAAGAGUCGAACGUCAUCGCAGAAUUCCCUUCAGAGAAGUGUUUCUCCUUCAGUCAUUGAGGAUUCUCAUACUCUGCAACACUACAAGGUCCGUCGUCAUACUGCCACUCAAGAAGAACUGCUGUAUCCUGCCACUGCUGGAUCGGAAGCGUCGGAUCCAAUUGAAGAUUCUACUGCAAACGAUGCUGAAUCAACUGAGAAUCACAAGGAUAAAAAAAAGAAAAUUGUUGUCGUUGCGAACUCGAUGCCGUCGACGUCAUCGACAGCGCCGACACCGGCGUCGUCACCAUUUUCGAGAAAUACGCGAACACGAAGCACGGUAACCGGAGUGUCGACGAGCGCGACGAAUCGUCGAGUUGGGCCGACGCCGAAUCGUGAGAAUGGAAGAAGGAAAGGAAUACCUGCGUUACCAUCACUUUAUGAAGACCAGGAAGCAUCGACAUCGAUGACGACGUCAACACCAGCAAUGGUUCGUUCGCGAUCCACACUUACCGCGGCGGCGGCGUCGUCGUCGUUUCGUCGAUUACGCGAUUCAAACGGCAAUAAUCUUAUGACGUCAUCGACUAAUGGAACGUCUUCGAAGUCGGUUUUUGCGCGAAUAUCCCCUACAUGGCUCAGCGAUACGCGUGCUGACUUGAUAAUGCUAAAUAAUCGAAAAGCUAGCCGAAUUUUCGCUGUGAAAAAUGGUCAAUCUGGAAAUUUAUUGACGAGAACUCACACACUUGAAGGUCACGCUCGCGGUGUGUUGUCUGUUGAUGUCGCUGAUAAUUAUAUGGUGACUGGCUCGAAAGAUCGAACUGCAAAAUUGUGGGAUAUUGAGGCAGGAAAAGAGAUUCGAACGUUGGGCGUCCAUCCGAACAAUGUGCAUCUUGUCAAAUUUGUUCCAUUCUCGAAUUUCGUCUUCACAUUUUCUAUGUUUGAAGCUCGAGCUUGGGAUUAUCGCUCACCUGAUUGUAUUUGUGUGAAAGUUCUCAAUUCAAGUGGUCAGGUUAACGAUGGAGAAUCGUUUGAUCCUAAUUUGGUGAUGCCUCGCCAGAACACAAUACCAUUUUUGGAAACGGUCAUCACCGCCGCUGAUGUUGAUCCCACAGGUCAAAUGUUGUUCACCUCGUUCGCGGCUUAUGUGCGCGUUUGGAAUCUAAGAGAAUGGAAGCCGUUAGGAAGAUUGAACGCCGCCUCGCACAGUCCGAAAUCGGAAGUGUCAUGUCUGAAGACAACAAUGACACCGGACGGAAAUAUUCUUGCGUACACUGGUUCGCGAGAUCAUUAUGUUAAGGAAUACGAAGUUGGAUUAGGAACCGGUGUUAUCGAGGCAAAAUCAGAGUUUACACCGCCUCAUUAUGAUAACGUCACAGUGGUUUUACCACUAAAUAAUCACUUAUACACCGCUUCUAAAGAUUUGAAUAUUAUGAAAUUCUUACUCGCUGAUGGCAAAAGAGAACAUCUGGAACUUCGAGCUCAUCAGCAGUACAUUCAAUCUUUGGCAGCAUUUGGACCGAAAGGAAAGGAGCUUCUUGUAUCUGCUUGUAAAGAUGGCACAAUUCGUUUCUGGGAUGUCCACAGCAGCGGAAGGAUGCGACUCGUUGAAGAAUAUUCUAAAUCUCAUUCUGACGGAAUUAACAGCAUGUGCACCAGCAAAAAUAUGCUUUUUACUGCUUCUGGAGAUGCCACUGUGGGAUUCUGGAAAUCGAACAUUGUCGACUCUUUGUAA